AUGCCACGCCAAGCCAACCCAAGCAAAACUAAGCCAAGCCACACCACGCCAAGCCAAGCCAUGCCCUCUGCAAGGCCCGGCAAGCCAACGCAACCCAGACCAAGCCAAGCCAACCCAAACCAAGGCAAGACAAGCCCGGCCCUCUGCAAGCCACGCCAAGGCAAUCCAAGCCAAGCCACGCCACGCCACGCCAUGACAAGCCACGCCAAGCCAAGCCAAACCAUGCCACGACAAGCCAAGCCACGAUCUCUGCAAGCUACCCCAAGCCAAGGCAACCCAAACCAAGCCACGCCAAGCCAACCUAAACCAAGCCAAGAGAAGCCCUGCCCUCUGCAAGCCACACCAAGCUAA